AUGCGUCGUCGGAAGCCCAUCGAAGGCUUCCUUCUGUGUGGUCUUUUCUUUUGGACGCUACUGGUGCAUCAAAUCUCGACAUGUUUAGCAAUCCAGCUGGAAGAACGGAUGGAAAUCGUGCGGAAAGUGCUGAAGGAAGUGCCUUUGAUCGAUGGUCACAACGAUCUGCCGUGGAACAUUCGCAAAUUUCUGAAAAACCAACUGCGGGAGUUUCGCUUCGGCGAGGACCUUCGCGACAUUACACCGUGGUCGACCAGCGCCUGGAGCCACACCGACCUGCGACGGUUGAAGGAGGGCAUGGUUUCGGCACAGUUCUGGUCAGCAUAUGCACCGUGCUCCUCGCAGCACCUAGAUGCCGUACAAUUAACGUUAGAACAGAUAGACUUAAUACGCAGAUUAGUGAAUCUGUACCCGCAGCAUAUGGCACUGGUGACGACAGCCGACGGCAUUGCGGAAAGCCAUCGCUCCGGCAAGCUGGCCAGCCUGAUCGGUAUCGAGGGUGGCCACUCGAUCGGUACCAGUCUGGGGGUACUGCGAACGUUCUACCAGCUUGGAGCCCGCUAUCUAACGCUAACGCACACCUGCAACACACCGUGGGCCGACUGCUGCAAAGUUGAUGAACCGGGCCGGGUUCCCCACAUCGGGGGCCUGUCGCACUUCGGCACGCUGGUGGUCACCGAGAUGAACCGGCUCGGGAUGAUCGUCGAUCUGUCCCACGUGUCGGUGCCAACGAUGCUGGACGCGUUGGCCACCUCGAAGGCGCCCGUCAUCUUCUCGCAUUCGUCGGCCCACGCCAUCUGCAACAGCUCGCGGAACGUGCCGGAUCACGUGCUGAAGCGGCUGUCAGCCAAUGGUGGCCUGGUCAUGGUUGCUUUCUACCCACAUUUCGUUAGUUGUGGCGAGAAGGCAACCCUCAAGGAUGUUGUCGCGCACAUUAAUCACAUCCGGGAUGUUGCCGGAGUGGACCACGUCGGCAUCGGUGCCGGGUACGAUGGCGUCAAUCUAGUACCACAAGGACUGGAGGACGUAUCGCGGUAUCCCUAUCUAUUCGCCGAACUGCUGAUCUCGGAAAAGUGGACCGAGGAAGAUAUCGCCAAACUGGCGGGGAAAAAUUUAAUUAGAGUCUUCAAACAAGUCGAACAGGUUCGCGACCAACUGGAAGCACAAGGCAUGCUGCCAAUCGAUCAAUCGAUCCCACCGGAGGACAUACUCGGGAGAUCCUACUGCCGCUAUUCGGGCCCACGGACGUGA